AUGUGGUCCAAAGCACCGUUCAGGUCGCGUCAACCAAUCGACAACUCCACCGAGGCCGGAACAACGUCAGCGUACCAGAUGCAGUCCUCGGCGAAAAUCCCCUUGUCGAACCAGCCCGUGAAGAGGUUACCCAGAUUGCCUCAUGAGCCAACCGCCCCAGCAACUGGUCCAUAUGAUGCGACGGCCGUACCGCCGUCGAGGAAGAGCUCCGUCGGCGAGGAAGAUUCAAGUGUGUCUCCAGCAAUUUCGCCCAUGCUGAGUCUGCGCACCCGCGACAGUGAGGAAAGCUUCUGCGUCUCUUCCAUGGGAGACGAUGAUGAUCACAAUCAAGAGUACUCGUAUGAGACGCCAAGCGCUUUCAACCCUUUGAACCCAGGCCGCGGCGCCCCAGAGCCGUUCCUCGCAGUUCACUCGCGGCCCUCACGGGAAAGGCUCCAGCUGUCGCAAGGGACGCCUCAGCCCCCUCAUCUCUCGUCCGCCGCACCCAAACAACCGGUGCCUGCUGGGUUGAAUGCAGCAAAUGACCCCUCUAGAGGCGUCGCAGGAUGGCAAAAUCAAGCACCGCCGCGUAGCGCAGCCUUCCACAAGUCCUCCGGUUCUCACACAACAAACCUCUUCAGUUGGGGUCGGGAGCAAUUUCAGCCUAGAAACAAGCACGAGCGAGCCCGAGGCCGGAUGCUCAGCCGCUCCAGAAAUGAGAUCGACUCAUCCCCAUACGGUCAACGGUCCAUGUCGCAGAACAAACCUCCUGCACAGCAUGCGCGACGGGAUACAAUUUCCCCACCACAGGAUACGAAUCUUGGGUUUGUGCCAACCGUGGUGACUACAAUUACCGCUGGGGCCCCCGAACUCCUUCCAGAGCCCUUGCCUCCGAUCAAUACAGAAGAGGAUUUUCUGUUUCCGACCGAACCACAGUCUACUCAACCUGCUGUUCCUGGGAUCGCCAUGAACCCCAGAAAUGAGAUUUAUAACAACCUCAGCGAUAGCUCUCAUGAAGAUCGUGCUGCCGAACCAGAAGCGACUGAUGGUCGCACCUCUUCGAUCAUGUCCCGCCGGCGCCCUAUCCCCAUAGCUAUGCCAACGUCGAAGAAGCCCGUCAGAAAGCCCAUCCCUUCAAAGACUUCUCCAACCUCAACAAUGGCCACCCAACUCCAACCGAGCGAUGGCCCCAAGGACACUUUGAGCCGUAUCGAGGCACUGGAGACACGUCGUGAUGAGCUUGCCAAGCGCAGAUUCAACCUGGAGACUGUGAUUCACGAAUUGACACGAGUAAUUCAGCCGACCUCAACCAUUUAUGAUCAGGCCGCCAAAGCUGAGGUCAAACGAAGUGUACAAAGCAUCGAAAAUGAGAUUGCAGAGAUCAAACGAGAAGAACAUGAGCUGGGACUGAAGGCCACUCGCGCAUGGAGAAAAUUGGACGAGCGUGAGAAUCAUGGCGACGGGAGUAAUCUGUGGGUCAAGCGAGUCACGAGUUAG